GGUGGGUUACGUCCGCAUGGCAACCACAGAUGGCAACCGCAAGCUGUGUCCAAGAACUAAGGUGAGGGGAGCAUUCACUAUAACGAGGGGAAACCUUCAUUCGCUUCAUUCGCUCCAGUCCUCCUCCUCUUCUUCUCUUAGUGACGGUGUUGCGUUCAGAGCCCGCAGCGACGGGCGUGUCGGCGCACACACAGAUCAUGUAAAUCUUUUUGAAGCACAGAUAUUCUGGGUUGAACAGUAACAUCAAACCUGAGGAUACCUGUCGGCCAAAUCUCCUCUAGAAGCAUUUCAGUUUAUUGAUUCCAGUUCUUUCAGCUCAGCCUGCACCAAUUCCCAACCAUGACUGCAGAAGAAGCCAUUAACAUCAAGGAGGCGGAGGUGAUCAAGCUGAUUCUCGACUUCCUCAACUCCAGAAAGCUGCACAUCAGCAUGCUGGCCCUGGAAAAGGAGAGCGGGGUCAUCAACGGGCUUUAUUCUGAUGACAUGCUGUUUCUCAGGCAGCUCAUUCUGGAUGGGCAGUGGGAAGAGGUGAUGCAGUUCAUCCAGCCUUUAGAGGGAAUGGAGAAGUUUGACAAGAAAAGGUUUCGGUACAUUGUUCUGAAGCAGAAGUUCCUUGAAGCUCUGUGUGUGAAUAAUGCCAUGACAGCAGUCGAAGACCCGCAAAAUCUGGAGCUCACCAUGCAACAAGCAGUAAGGUGCCUCCACAGCCUGGAGGAAUUCUGCCCGACCAAAGAAGACUACAGCAAGCUGUGUCUCCUCCUCACCCUGCCACGCCUGACCCACCAUGCAGAGUUCAAAGACUGGAACCCGAGCACGGCUCGUGUCCAUUGCUUUGAGGAGGUCUGCUCUAUGGUUGGAGAGUUUAUCCCUGCCGACAGGAAGCUGAGCGAAGCAGGUUUCAGGGCAAGCGGAAACCGCCUCUUCCAGCUGCUCAUCAAAGGUCUCCUUUAUGAGUGCUGUGUAGAGUUCUGUCAGAGUAAAGCGACGGGUGAGGAGAUCACAGAGGGUGAGGUGCUGCUCGGGGUGGAUUUGGUGUGUGGGAACUGCUGUGACGAGCUGGAUUUGUCCUUGCUCUCUUGGCUGCAGAACCUCUCUUCAGGAGCGUUCAAUUGUGCUUUCGAGCAGAAGAUGCUCAGCAUCCACGUGGACCGUCUGGUUAAGCCCAGCAAAACUGGACACGCUGAUCUGCUCACUCCGUUAAUCAAUCGUCUCUCCCCCUGCCUUACCUCACCUUUUCGUCAGCGGCCUCAUUCGGCGGACACCUACAUGUCCAGAUCUCUUAACCCUGCCCUGGAUGGCCUAUCGCAUGGUCUUGCAGCACAAGACAAGAGGGGCGUGGAGGCCAGCAUUAAGUCCUCCCUCAGCCGGAGCCUGGUGGAGAACAAUGUUCAUCAGCAGGACGAUUCACCUGAGAGGCAGUAUCCACAGGGGCUGGAUAGAUCCAGCAUCCCCAGGACCCCCCUGAAUCAAGGAAAAGAUGGGAUGCCAGCCUGUAACACAGAAACACAAGAGCAUGACUCUGAAGAACACAUCCAGGAGUACUACAGGCAGCGUCUUCGUGUGCAGCAGCAUCUGGAACAGACGCAGCAGCAGAGACAGCUUUACCAGCAGAUGCUGCUGGAGGGAGGGGUGAGGCAGCGGGACGGAGCCCAGCACAACCUCACUGAGGCGUUCCUCAGCAGAUCCAUUCAGAGAUUGGAGGAAAUGAAUGUGGGCAUUGAUCACAGAGGAGAUGAAGUAAUGAUGCAUCUGGGCCAUGAGUUAAAUGGAUCGAAUGGGAACAACAACACUUUCAUCCCUGGGAUUGCUAAUUCCCACCACAGCCAUGAUAAAGGACCUCCAAAGGAGAAGACACUUGGAAUUGGCAGCACUGCCUUUUUAGGCUCUGAGAAGCAGACCUCGGCUUCACCCAAUGAGUCCUCAGUCUCCACCAGUCAGAGAGCGUCUGAUCCUUCACUUCCAGAGGACUGCUCUACAACACGAAACUCUCAUGAGCUGGGGAAAUCCAAAACUCACUUUGUGAAGGUGAGCCAGCUGGAGGACACACAGGCGGUGCGAGCAGUGGCCUUCCAUCCCUCUGGUGCCCUGUACGCUGUGGGCUCCAACUCAAAAACUCUAAGAGUUUGUGCCUAUCCUGAGACACUGACCACCAGUGGUUCUGGUGCUGUAAAGCAGCCAGCGGUGCGCUUCAGACGCAACAAACAUCACAAAGGCUCGAUUUACUGUGUGACUUGGAGCCACUGUGGACAACUUUUGGCCACUGGAUCCAAUGAUAAAUUUGUUAAAGUCUUGCCUUUCAAUGCAGACAGCUGCAAUGCAACAGGUCCUGAUCUGGAGUUCAGCAUGCACGACGGCACCAUUAGGGACCUGGCCUUCAUGGAGGGGCCGGAGAGUGGAGGAUCUAUUUUGAUCAGCGCCGGAGCUGGAGACUGUAACAUCUACACCACUGACUGCCUGAGAGGACAGGGCCUUCAUGCUCUCAGUGGACAUACAGGUCACAUUCUCAGUCUGUACACAUGGGGUGGCUGGAUGAUUGCGUCUGGAUCACAGGACAAAACUGUCCGGUUCUGGGAUCUUCGAGUGCCCAGCUGUGUUCGGGUGGUUGGUACAACUCUGCACGGGUCAGGAAGUGCUGUGGCUUCAGUGGCUGUGGACCCCAGCGGGCGUCUGCUGGCCACCGGUCAGGAGGACAGCACCUGCAUGCUCUACGACAUCAGAGGAGGCCGCAUAGUCCAGACAUGCCGCCCCCACAGCGGUGACGUCCGCUCGGUGCGCUUCUCACCGGGAGCUCAUCACCUCCUCACCGGCUCCUACGACAACAAAAUCAUCAUCAGUGACCUUCAAGGCGACCUGACAAAGCCCCUUCCUCAGACGGUGGCCGGCGAGCAUUCGGAUAAGGUGAUCCAGUGCAGGUGGCACCCACACAACCAGACCUUCCUCUCCUCGUCUGCUGAUCGGACUGUGGUUCUCUGGGCUCCACGUCACUGAGAGUCCAGAUAGAGGCAGCAGUGGAGCAACAGAGCACAUUUGAGCAUGAAAACCCCAGCUGCUGCCAUGUUUGAGUAGAUGUGAUUCCAGGAGGAAAAUCUGGCUCAUUGUAAGUCAAAACGUUUGUGUGAAAAUGUGUGACAUUAAAGGUGGAGUGUGAGAUUUUUUUUAAACUAAAACGACAUUCAAGAACAUUCACUUAAAAUGGCUGAACUUAAUUAUACAAGAAAAUAAUUAUAAGAAUUUAGAGAUAUAAGUGAAUAUUUUUUACUUCCAAAAAUGUCUCUAAUAUAAAAUAGCAACUUUGGAAAUGCCCAAAAAAAAGGUUGGAGGGGUAGUGGUAUUUCCACCCAGAUUAAAGUGAAAUAUCUAAACUUAAUCUGCAUUUUUGGUUAUUUACAUAUUUUUUAAUUUUUUUAGCUUAAAGAUUUUACAGCAAACGUGUUAUAAUAAAUUAUAAAUGUUAAACAAUGCCUACAUUUGUAAGCAUAAUUAAUUUUGCUCAAGCACAUGUCUCAAAAUAAUUUAUUUCCUUAUUUUGGAGAGCCAUAUGAAAAAAAAGGAAGGUUUGUUUAGGUGCCAAUGUAAAACUGUUUUAGCAUUUCACCUGACAUACUCAUAGAGGCACCGCUGCAGCACUUAUACUAGAAGCCUGAGUUCUGUGUAGUUACGACACUUUUGGUUAUGCAUAUCAUAAUGUGCCUUUUUUAUAACAAUCACAGAGAUUUUUGGAUAUCUGACAGUCAAAGAACAUUUUAUUUGAAUAUUUUCUCAUAUUGCUUAUCAUCUGUACAUUUUGUAAACAGUCUUUAUAAUGAGCAAAGACAUUAAUUUGAGUGAACAAGCUGCUUUUAAGAACUUUUCUUUACAUUAAAUUGAAAACAGAAGGAAAAAAAAGCAUGCGACUCAGACAAAAUUUCAGAUUUUUAGUAGGGAAACAGAUGCAACACUGAUGCUAAAGCUGUCUGUAGCGUAUUAAACAUAAACUGAUGAAACGUUUUUUUUUAAAAGUGCAAAUUUUCUAGUGUUUAGAUGUUUAAAAAAGGUUUUGUCUGUGAUAUUUGGAAAAAGUAUAAUAUUUAAUGACAAGAUUGUUGCCAAAGAUAACAGAUGUAACAGAAAAUGACACUUUGCUUUCAAUAAUAUUUAAAAUAAACAUUUUCUGUCAUCUUUGAUAAAUGAAGAUAAGAUUUCUAGAGUUGACGGGUUUUGAACAGCCACAGACAGAUAUGCAGGAAUUCUCUGCAUCUAUAUUUUAGAUUUAUAAAUAUUGACUAGAGUGCUCAUCAGAACAAUUCAAAUUUCCUUAAAGCUGCUUUUACUUUUGAUCUGAAAGAGUCCUUUCACAGUAAAAAGGAUUUCUGUUACUGUUUUCAACCAAACUGUUGAACACGCUGUGGCUUGUGUAGACUUGGAUUCAAUCAUCAAAUGAGCAGGAAAAGAGCAACUCAAAUGUCAUGCAGAGGUCAGUACAGACCUGCAAAACAGGGGAUCAUUCCAGGCCGGUUUAGAAAGAAACUUAGGCAACAGUCCAGAAGCCUGUUUUCCACAACACGUUUGCUUUGGAAUGAAUAUAUUAACUGAGUUUAUCGAGAUAAAAUGAACUGGUUUACAUAAUCAAGUCUAAUCUAAAAGUAAAAGGAAAGCUCAGGAUCCAAGUCAAAAUAUUGUAAAAAUACACAAAUAAAAAACCAAAUGGCAAUUUAUCCAAUUGUACAGCCCCUGUUGUUGCACCUAAGAGGAAGUAGGUGCAUUUAUUCGUUAACAACAAAUAAAAUGUAAAUAAAUGACAGAAGUCACAAAUGUGUGCCUUUUUGUUUAAUGUUUUAUUUAUUGUGUUUUUUUUUAAUUAAAAUUAACUGUUGGUGCCAUGAAAAUUGCAACACAGCUAGAAACAACACGCAAAUGCGUAAAAAAUCUCCAUAAUCUCUGUACAACACCAUCAGUAGCUCAUUUUCAACUGAUCCAUGCAAGGUUUGAUGUGCAAAAUAAUCUUUAAGUUAUGGAUCAUUUCAUUUCAAUCAUGAUCUGAUGUGUAGAUUAUUUAUUUUAUUCUUUUUUACCUGAUUAUGUACUUUUUUUACUCAACUGUUUUUAGGUUUUAGGGUGGAGAAAGUAGAAACGUUUUUACUCCCUGAUUCUAACUUAAUCUGAGCAAGAGAAAAAUUGAACUUAUUUCACUUUGACCCCAGUUUUCUCUAGAUUUUUGAAAGAAAUAGAUAAAUGUUAGACUAUAAAUGUGGGAGAAUGUUGCAUGUGCACAUUUCUGUUUUUUAACAUGCAAAAACAGCAGCUUUACCAACAAAACAGUAAAGAGUUGAAUGCAGAACACGACUGAAGGACUGAACACCUGCAGAGAAACCCAGUUUGAGAGUGACACAUUUGUGAAAAAGGAAUGGAUCUACUUUAAUAUAGAAUAUGCAUUUAAUUGUAUGUGGCUCCCAUAAAGAUAUUCACUGUUUGUGUCCACUUGUAGAACUAUUAAUGAUGUUUAUGCACAAGUGAUAUUGCAAAUGGAGUGAAAAAUGAUAAAUGUAAUAAAGAGAAUAGCUUAAAAAUGUACUUGUUUUGACUAAAAGGAUAUUUUCAAUGGGAAAUGAAGAAACAUCUGAAUAAAGAUGUUAAAAAACA